AAAAACAACGCUCAGCAGGCUGCGAACUAUCACUUCCACUUGUCACUUGUAGAACGGUUUGUGCAAAUUUCCAGUUUUUAUCAUCAAAAUUAUUUACCGUCUUGAAAUUUCAGUGUGAUAAAACGAAACAAUCAAUUAGUGAAGCAGCAAAGCCGCAAAGUCAGCGCUUGGGUACUUGGGAAAAUUAUUUACUCACUUCAUCGCUUCAAUAGGCUGAUAACGCAAUGAGUUCCAGGGCAGAGCUAACCGGGUCCGCAGAUAACAGCCACCUUUCGGGCGCAUCGGUAACGAUCAAAUCAAUAGACAGUACAGCUGAACAGCGCGGAUCGCAGACGGAAAGCUACGAAAUGGUCGAUACGUGCAGAAGCGAACCCGUAACACUGACCAUGGAUGGUUUCGGUACGGUAAAGCAUCCUAAAACAGGUGCUACCGAGACGGUGAAACGAUUCACCUGGCAGAACAACCAAGGUAUGUCGGUGCAGGUCAUAUCAUACGGAGCCAUUAUCACGGUAAUGAAGGUGCCAGAUCGCAACGGUCGUAUAGACGAUGUGGUGCUCGGUUUCGAUGACAUACCCGGCUAUAAGACGCCGAACAAUCCGUACUUUGGAGCGACCAUUGGGCGCAUUGCGAACCGUGUUGGUGGUGGAAAGUUUACACUCAACGGACAAGAGUUCCAGGUGACGAAGAACUUUGAAAACCGACACCAACUACAUGGUGGAAAGGUUGGGUUCGAUAAGUACAACUGGGAAGCGUUUGUCGAUGGGACGGUGGUGACGCUUACCCACACAUCCCCGGAUGGUGACGAGGGAUACCCUGGCGCAGUAAUGGUUAGUGUUCGGUACGAGCUAAAGGCGGACAAUCGAUUCGAAGCCCUUUUUAAGGCAGUUUCGACGAAACCCACACCGAUUAAUCUAACCAACCACUCGUACUUUAACUUGGCGGGUCAUUCAACGGGACAUGAGGAAAUCUAUCGGCAUGUUGUUAGCAUCAACGCAGAUAAGAUUACUGACACCGAUGCCGAUUCGAUACCGAGUGGUAAAUUCAUCUGCGUCGGUGGGACACCAUUCGAUUUGCGCAUACCGCGCGAACUGGGUCCCGCCAUGGCAAAAACCGUUAGUGAAGGAUUCGAUGAUAACUUCUGCAUCACCAAGGGUACAGAACAGGGUCGAACUUUUACAGCACGUGUCAUCCAUCCGCACAGCGGACGAGUGCUGGAGGUAUACACCGAUCAGCCGGGUGUACAAUUUUACACGAGCAACUUUAUGCCGGAUCCAAACAAGAAUAUUCGCCCAAAACAGGUAAACGCUCCGGAAUACUACGAAGUAACUCGUCUCGAACCGGUCAUUCCUGAUGGUGUGGCUGAUCCUCCCAUUCGAGGUAAAGGUGGAGCGAAAUACUGCAAGCACGGUGCAUUCUGUUUGGAAACACAGAACUUUCCCGAUGCGAUCAAUCAUGCCAACUUUCCAUCGGCUGUGCUAAACCCUGGAGCACAGUACGUGCAUGAGGUUGUGUACAAAUUUGAUGUGCUUCGUGACCAAUAGCCUGCAUAUGCCUGCACCUAUGCAAUGUCGGAUUUCUGCUCUUUUGAAUCAGUCCUCAACGAAUUGUAGGCAAGAAAUAAAAUGAUGCUAAUUAUAUUAUCACCUAAAA